AUGACGAUCAAUUACACUAACUACGCCAAGCAAUACUUGUCUAUAAGCCCUUGCCUGAGGAGCUUUCUGAGCUUCGCUGGCCGAGAGAGCAGGCACGGUCUCGACAAGCAGAACGACGCCGGCAAGUUCGUGGACCUGUACGUGCCUCGGAAAUGCUCCGCGAGCAACUGCAUCAUCGGCGCCAAGGACCACACAUCCAUCCAGAUGAAUGUGGCCGAGGUUGACAGGGGCACAGGCCAGUUCAAUGGUCAGUUUAAAACCUAUGCUAUCUGCGGGGCCAUUCACAGGAUGGGCGAGUCAGAUGAUUCUAUUCUCCUACUGACUAAGGCUGAUGGAAUUGUCUCAAAGAACUUUUGACCAGAAGAGAUGGGGGAAUCUUUGUCAUAAAUAAAA